GGAUGACAUCUCAAAUAAUAUUCUACUCUGCGGAACGCUGUUGUAUUUCAAUAUCGCACUUGUCUGGUCGGUACAAAGGGUUCUGGUAGACAAUGAGUGAAGCGGAUAUACCAACAAAAUGGAUUGUACUAACAGUCAAUCAAGUUCAAACAGUUGCAUUCGGUUUUUUAGCAAAAGAAGGUAUGAUCCAUUUCCCGUUGCUCAGAUCUCACUUACAGUGGCUGUCAUGUGUUGUUUUUGGUGUUUUUCUGGGCGUGUGUUUUGUGGAUUUGUUGUCAGAGGCAAUUCUGGAAUGCAACAAUUUCGGACCAGGAGAAUGUAGUGAUAAUAGAAGAUUCAUGUCGACAUGGCCAUUUUUCAUGAUUGGCUUCUUUGUUCUACGCAUUAUCGAGUACUUGUUGAGAAAAAUAUUCAUCUCUGAACUAUGCUAUCGCCACCACGACACCAGAGAAACCAUGGAAAAUAGGGAAAAUAGAGCGAGAAAAUAUGCUGCUACAAUCACACUGGUUUUUUCUUUAAUGCUCUACUCUGCAGUGGAAGGAAUCAGGCUUUUUGUCCAGUCAUUGUAUUCGAACUUUGCGAGUACAGCCUUCGGCAGAGUUAUUCCUUAUUCCAUAGUGGCCGUCUCGAUUGCGCUGAAGCUCAGCGAGGCAUCGCUUACUGUUUGCCUAGUUGCACUUGCCCUCAUAUUCUCUUCUGGUUUUCUUGGAGGAGUCAUUGGAUACGCCAUUCAAAAUCAUGACGAUUAUUACGUUGGACCAUCCUUUUAUCACUACGAGACGUUACCCACAUGCAACGAAUACAUCUCCUCCGUGAUAAUGACACGGAAAAUUCUUGCGCAGACAUUGUUAGGAGCAAUGACUUUUUUCACUUUCUUCAUGGUGAAGCCAGAAUGCUCGAAAGAGUUGACUAAGCCUCACUACUGGGCGGCUUCUGCUAUUGGUUUUGCAUUAUAUGGCGGAUUGACAUACGUCAAAUUAUAUUGUACCUGGUGUUAGACCUUUUAAAUUGCCAGUUACACAUGUGGUCGUACUGGGUAAAGAACGAAUGGUAUAGCUGCCUUUGACGAGUAUAAGUUGAAAAGACUAAUUGGUUGUACUUAUCAUAUGUUGUAAUGGCAGGAACUAUAUAAAAAAG